AGAGGGCUGGGAAGUUUCCUCCGGGAGCUGCGCUCGUGCAGGAGCGGGAGGUGGCGGGGUGCACUACCUGGCGCUGCCCCAGCGCAUACAGGUCGCCUCCAACAGCAGUUCCCGCCAGGUCACUGAAGAAAAAGAUGCUGAAGAGAAUGAGAUUAAACUGAGAAUACAUAGGAAGAAAAUCAUGUGGUAUUCACAGAGGAGCAAAGAUGCAACCAUCUGAAAUGGUCAUGAAUUUGAGACAAGUCUUUCUGUCUGUGCUGAUAUUUGGAGUAGCAGGUCUACUCUUUUUCAUGUACCUACAGGCUUGGAUUGAAGAGCAGCACACAGAACUGAGGACAACAAACUACUUCCAGCCUGCACCCAGAAUCAUAUCUAGAGAGAAACUCCAGCAACAGAUCAUUAACCAGGAUUCCAAGCUCCAGGUUCUAGGGGAGCUGAAGCAAAACAAUGAGAGUUUUAUUAUUACUAAGACAUUCUCUGGGUCCCUGAGUGAGUUCAGCCACUUAAAAGGAGAUGUUCAGGCUUCAAGUGAGACAAUAGGCUCACCAAAUGACAAGUUGUAUGAACAGCAUCAAGUAACCAAGUCCCUUUUCAAGAAGUUUAACCAAAUAACUUGGCCUCUGGACACUCGCCCUUUGAACAAAAGUUUAAUCAGAGGUGACAAAUGGAAGAAAACAGAUGCAGCUCAAGAAAAAAGGAGAGCUUUCCUUCAGGAUUUUUGUAAGAAAUAUGGGGGUGGGAACCAUGCCCAAUCCCAUCUUUUUCACCUGGUAUCUAGAAUCUAUGUGGAAGAUAGACACAAAAUCCUCUAUUGUGAAGUACCUAAGGCUGGCUGCUCAAACUGGAAAAGAAUUCUCAUGGUGCUGAAUGGCCUAGCCUCUUCUGCUUACAAUAUCACUCAUAAUGCUGUUCACUAUGGAAAACAUUUGAAGAAACUCGAUAGCUUUGAUUUGAAAGGGAUAUAUAGCCGUUUAAAUACUUACACCAAGGCUGUUUUUGUUCGAGAUCCCAUGGAAAGGUUAGUGUCUGCUUUUAGGGAUAAGUUUGAACACCCAAACAGCUACUACCAUCCAGUAUUUGGAAAGGCAAUUAUUAAGAAAUAUCGACCCAAUGCAUGUGAAGAAAAAAUAAACAAUGGAUCUGGUGUAAAAUUCAAAGAGUUUAUCCACUAUUUACUGGAUUCCCACCGCCCGGUAGGAAUGGACAUUCACUGGGAAAGGGUCAGUAAACUCUGCUAUCCUUGUUUGAUCAACUAUGAUUUUGUAGGGAAAUUUGAAACUUUGGAAGAAGAUGCCAAUUACUUCUUGCAACUGAUUGGGGCUCCAAAGGGGCUAAAAUUUCCAAACUUUAAGGACAGACAUUCUUCUGAUGAAAGGACGAACGCAGAUGUUGUAAGACAAUAUUUGAAGGACUUGUCCAGUAUGGAGAGACAAUUGAUCUAUGAUUUUUAUUACCUGGACUAUUUGAUGUUUAAUUAUACAACACCAUUUGUAUAGCUGGUGUCCAGUAACCCUUCUCCUUGCUAAUAAUAAUGUACUCAGAUAAGUAACUGUAUCUUCACCUUAGCUGUAUGUAUUGAGGAAAUGGACCUAAUGCAGUUGUCUUGAUGGAAUGGAAAUUUUGUCAAAUAACAUGACACCAAUUGACACAAAAUUAUAGGAAAAUCACAUAAAGGAGAUAUAUAAACAACUUGAAUGGCAUAAAAAUGUCUGGAAAAGAGCUACUUUUGCAUUAUGGAUUAUAGUGUGGAAGCAAUAACAUAGCCAGCUGUUGCAUUAGCUAAAACAGCACUCUUGUAAUUCAAAAGCAUCUAAAAUAGCAUGGGUUUUUGUUGGUUUCUAGAAUCUACUGUCUAAAGUGCAUGGAUUUAUUUUUUACUGUCUGUGGCAUACUAAUAAAACCACUGGACAGUUUUGUAACUCACUCAAGCUUUCAUAUCAAUUGCAAUGAUAAAUCAAUUUUGAAAUGAUAUUUUGUACCUCAGCAUUUUAAUUUAGAUCAGAAUGCAUUAUAUGAUAUGCAAUAUGAGAAUGUAACAGGAAAGCCAGAUGAGGCUAUGGCUUUGUAUAUUUAGCAGCCAAUAAAAAA